CUAGACACAUAAUCUUAAUCUUUCCAAUAUCCACGUAUAUACUUCUCUUUUCCUGAUUAUAUCUCAUCUGAAGCAAGUUGCCAAAUCAAAGGAAAAUGUAUUUUAUUUUAAAAUUAUUAUAUGAUACCACCAUCUAAUAAAUACUAGUACUAGUUGAAAGGGCCAUAAACUACUCUGAUCUAUUUCUGAACUCUAGUUUCCCUAUAUAAAACCCUCUUCUCAUGCAUCGACUCUUACUUUAUAUUAUAUCUGCUUCUUCUAUUUCUUUCUGUUGAAUUGCUGCCACCCUUUCUGUUUCACAGGAGUUGAAACAAAAUAAAAUGGAAGAGACUUCUUUCUUCUCUAUGUAGAUUUUGGCAGAGAAAGAUAAUAUAUAAUACUUUUUUUCUUUCUUUAUUUUUUUAUUAAAAGUAUUGUAAUCUAUAAUGCCAGUUCCACUUGCUCCUUAUCCAACACCACUGGCUCCACAUACUCCUCCAUCCGCAAAUGGUAUCUUAAUUUUUCUUCAUGUGUGUCUCGUUGGAUUUGUUUUUUCUCUACUGUCUAAUUUUGAUUUUGAUGGUGUAAGGAAACUUAAAGGAACGCAAAAAGAUGGAAUUGAGAUCAGAUUUACAAAGAGAGAAUGUGUCAACAGAGUCAACUUGUGUGUUCUGGCUGUAGAAACCUUUUGCUCUAUCCGGUUGGAGCCUCCUCUGUUUGCUGUGCUGUUUGCAAUGCAGUCACCGCCGUGCCGCCUCCCGGAACGGAAAUGGCCCAGUUAAUCUGUGGAGGCUGCCAUACAUUACUAAUGUACAUCCGUGGCGCAACAAGUGUCCAAUGCUCAUGCUGUCACACUGUGAAUCUAGCCAUGGAAGCAAAUCAGGUGGCACAUGUCAAUUGUGGCAGCUGCAGGAUGCUACUGAUGUACCAAUAUGGAGCAACAUCUGUUAAAUGUGCAGUUUGCAAUUUUGUAACUUCAAUUGGGGCAUCAACAAGCAUCACAGAGCAGAAGUUCAGCAACUAAAUCAAACUAUAUAUAUAGAGCAAAGUUAAAUGAUACAGAGACUCUACUAUCUUGGUUUUGCUAGUUACAUGUUGUUGGCCAUAAGAAUAAAGACUUUGUAAAGAGUACCUAUUAUGAGAGAGGGAACUCUCCACAUUUUAUAGAGUUACUUCUCUCUGCGUGAUUGAUUUUUUUGUUUGUUUUGGGGGUGGGGGUGGGGUUUGAUUUAGAUUGGGUGUGUAAAUAACUAUUAUGUUAAGAUUUUAAGUAUGCGUGUUUUUUCAAUAUUAAAUAAAGGUGAAUUCUAUCUAA